AUGUCAGCACCAGCAUCUCUUCACGCUUCAACAAUAUUUGCCGUCCGCGAAACAGCAGAAUCUGGACGAGGAGUUUACGCGACUCAAUUCAUACCGAAGGGUACGCUUCUCUUUGAGACGGCAGAGAUCGCAGCCAGCGUCAUCUAUCGCGAAUACUGGAAAGAAGUCUGCUCGCAAUGCUUUCUUUAUGACAGAGGUCGGAAUUGGCGCAUUCGAGAUGCAAAAGCUGGAUUGGCAUUCUGCAGUGAAGAAUGUCAAAAAACAUGGAAGAGCGAUGAGGUGAACAAUGAAGAAGCGGCAAUUGCGAUUGAGGGAUUAGGAAAGACAGGACAAUCCAACACGUCAGAUCCGGAUGAAGAUCCAGAACACCUCCUCCCUCGACCAACAGUACAAGAGAUAGAGGAAGCAUGGGCGACAGCAGAAGAGACGGCUACAAAGAUUCGCGCUGCACGAACGUCCACGAAACCCUCAAAACCUGAACGCCGCCUUCUGACACAAAUUCUCGCUACACCACCGAUACGCGGUGUAAUAGCCUACCAGCUACCAGCCCUGUUGACAGUCGCAAACUCGCCGUCAUUAUGGUCCGAUGUGCUGAUUCUCGAGUCGGAAGCCAUGCCGUAUAUCUCACCAGCAGACCUCAAGUUUCAGAUCACCAGUUAUCACCACCUCUUAGCUUGCGCACCACUCUCCCUCCUCGAGCAUAUUACUGCAACCAAUCUCCGCACAUUGGCAGCAAAAUCAUCACAUAAUGUCUUUAAUAUUUGGUCGCAAGAUUUGGACGAGGAUACAAGUGGUGGUAGCGAGUGUCUAGGUUACGGACUGUGGACGGCAGCCAGCUAUUGGAAUCAUAGCUGUGGACCAAAUAUACGAAAGAGGCGCGAGGGACGGAUGUGGAAGUUCUGGGCGGACAGAGAUGUACAGGUCGGCGAGGCACUAUGCAUCAGUUAUCUGGGUGGUGAUGAGAAGCAUAUGACGAGAAGCGAGAGGAGGGAGAAGCUCAAAGAGCAUUGGAAGUUUGACUGUGCCUGUGCAAGAUGCGAAGAGGAGGCCAGUUAG